AUGGCCGCUGAGUCCUGCGGCAGCCGCGGCGCCUCGCCCCCGCCGCCUCCCUCCGCUGGCGGCGCGGCCGGGAGGCGCCGCAAGGCGGAGGCCUACGCCGAGGUGCUCCGCCGCAUCCGCGCUGGCGCCGGCGGCUACAGUGCUGCUCGCCCCGGGUUGGAGGACGAGCUCUGGGCCCAUUUCCAAGGCCUACCCGCCAGAUAUGCUUUGGAUGUCAACGUUGAGCGCGUUGAAGAUGUCUUACUGCACAAGAAAUUGCUCGAGCAAGCCCAUGAACCUAUGAAUGGUCUGGUCUUUGAUGUUCGUCCUUCACAGGUUGUUACUCUGGAGGAAAGCACUGGAUUUGAGUCCGCAACUUCCUUUAAGCAAGAAGAACAAGAUCCCCAGUGCUCAGUAUUCACAUCAAGAGAUCAAAGGACUUUGCAUGAAAUUAUAUUUGCAUGUGACGAUAAGCCAAAGCUUCUUAGUCAGUUAACCUCUCUUCUUGGGGAGCUUGGUCUUAAUAUCCAAGAAGCACAUGCAUAUUCGACGAGUGACGGCUAUUCCUUGGACAUCUUUGUUGUUGAUGGCUGGAAGUAUGAGGCUGACAUUCUCCGAUGCGCAUUGAGGGAAGGCGUUGAUAAAAUAAAGUACAGAGCAUGGCCGUUGGUACCGUCGAUGUCUGCUAGGAUGGAUCACCAACCAUUGGAGGUUUCUCCUUCAUCUGACUUUGUCCAGAUACCAGCUGAUGCAGCUGAUGUUUGGGAAGUCGAUCCCAGGCUUCUCAAAUUUGAACAAAAAUUAGCGUCUGGAUCAUUUGGUGAUCUAUACCAUGGGACGUACUGUAGCCAAGAUGUAGCUAUCAAAGUACUCAAGCCUGAGCGGGUUAGCGUUGAUAUGCUGCGUGAGUUUGCACAGGAAGUAUAUAUAAUGAAAAAGGUUCGUCACAAAAAUGUUGUGCAAUUUAUCGGUGCAUGCACAAGACCUCCUGUUUUGUGUAUCGUUACAGAAUUCAUGCAUGGAGGCAGUAUUUUUGACUUCCUUUACAAUAGACGAGGAAGUUUUCAGCUCCCGGAUGUGAUUAGAAUCGCAUCUGAUGUGUCCAAGGGAAUGAAUUACUUGCAUCAGAUUAAUAUUGUUCAUAGGGACUUGAAGACUGCAAAUCUUCUUAUGGAUGAUCAGGUUGUCAAGGUUGCAGACUUUGGGGUUGCAAGGGUUAAAGACCAGUCAGGAGUUAUGACCGCAGAAACAGGAACCUACAGAUGGAUGGCCCCUGAGGUCAUUGAGCACUUGCCUUAUGAUCAUAGAGCGGAUGUUUUCAGUUUUGGGAUAGUUCUUUGGGAGCUGCUGACUGCAAAGCUUCCAUACGAAGACAUGACACCUCUUCAGGCAGCAGUUGCCGUUGUUCAAAAGGAUCUGAGGCCUACUAUUGCUGCUGAUACUCAUCCUAUGCUCGCUGAACUCCUUCAGAGAUGCUGGCAGAAAGAUCCUGCUCUAAGACCAACCUUUGCAGAGAUUGUGGAUAUACUGAACUCUAUAAAGGAGGUGGUUCAGAGUUCUGUGCAUCACAAGAGGCAUCCAGGUCGAUCUCACUCCGGGAGGAGACGAGGCUGUUGA